AUGUUCCAGCGCCGAGUGAUCGCCAGCGUCAACGCCGUGGAGCGCGUGGCCAGCAACCGCCAGAUCCGGCGCAAGGCGCGCCACCCGGCCAACCUGCGCGCGCUGCAGCGACAGCCGCAGGAGGAGGUGGUCGUGCCGCCGCUCAAGUACGAGCCGACCUACGUGCCCGAGAAGGUGAGCUUCAACGGCUGGUCCCCGGCCCCGGAGGCGCCGCUGCCCGGCCUGCCCUUCCAGGUCAAGCGCACGGCCGUGGGCAUGCAGCUGCCAGUGUACAGGGACUUCCGGAACGGCCGCACGCGCGUGCUGACCAUCCUGCGCCGCUACAAGGGCGACGAGCAGGAGCUGCGCGACGAGAUGUCCAAGGUGUGCCAGGGCAAGGAGGUGGUGGUGCGCCCCGGCCGCCUGGAGGUCGUGGGCGACCACGCCAGCGACAUCCGCAAGUGGCUCGUGGGUCUGGGCUUCUAA